AUGGUCGACCGACCGGGCUCGCAGACGUCCACCACACCUACUGCCGUCGACGACCGCGGGCGCGGCCAUCCACCCGACCACCAAGACUUACAGAAUGGCUCCGAGAAGCAGACAAUCACUACGAAGGAGCGGCCCACUGUCGCAGUAACACAAACAAACUCAAACGACACCAUCCUCUUCUACGACGAGCCACCUUCACUCAACUAUACCAUCAAGACCGGCAGCCGCGAGCGUGCCAUAAUCAUCUGGUUCACUCUUCUCUUCGUCGAGUCCGGCAUUCUUCCCCUCAUUCUCUUUUACUCGUUGGCCUGGGGUGCGCAUCUGAGCACCACAAAGAACCUUGCGAUCAUCACGAGCUUGAUUGGCACCGUCUCCGGGUUCAAGUUCGCCCAGCGCAUGUGGUUCUUAUGGUUUAUCCGGGAUCAUGUCAGUCGGAGACCUAUUGGUGUUGGACGCUGGGGCGUCGACUUCUUCCAAUACAUUCUUAGCCUCGCCAUGGCAGCGUUCUUCAUCCCACUCAUCAUUGGUUCCUCAGUAAAUCCAGGGAGUCCGCGAAUUACUGCUAUGGCUCUGCCAUGCGUCAUGCUCGUCCUGACGUUACCCCUCCUCAUCACCGGUAUCUUCCCCUACCGGGUUCGCGUACCCUGGAGAGUCUCUUCCUUCCCACCGCGCCAGCCUCUCCCUCCCCUCGGCUACUGCUACGUCGAGGACAUCGUCGCAGUCGACGGAGGUGGCUGCACGCAGUUUCGUCAGGCCUGGCGUACGCGUUACGAAGAAUCACAGGUCAUCCGGCACAUGGUCCGCCAGCUCUCCGUCCUCUGGGGAGUCUCGGGCCUGAUCGUCGCCGGCGGCGUGCUCGCAGCGUGCUGGACCGCGAGCGUCGACACGGCCUACGGGAUCGGCUACGGGAUCCCGUGGCUCUGGGCACUCCUCAUGACUGCGGUGACCGUUGUUCGGGUGCACAACGAGCUCGCCCGCGAGCGCCGCGAGUGGGUCGCGAAUAUGGAGGAUGUGCACCGCGCGCGGAGAUUACGCAUCCGCGAGGGGAAGUACGACCCGCCCGCACUGCCGACGACCGUGGACGAGGGCGUGCGGCGGAACCUGGACGCGAGGCGGUCGGUCGAUUGGCGGGAGGCGGAGCGGGACGGGCAUCGGAGGACGGCGAGCGAUGGGAGCCGGUGGGUGCGGAGCCACAGCAGCCGUGCGAGGCGAGGUGUGGUGAGCUCGCCGACGAGGGAGACGAGCGGGGAGAGGACUGGGGAGGGUGUGGCGGCGCCGUAA